UCCUCUUCAAUGAUUGGCCGUGUGCUGUGUAGGUCUGCGCCUGCGCGAGGGCCAUGGAAGCCUGUCGCACCUGAGGGUGGGAGGCGGUGGUGUCCCCUUCCCUUCGGCGGGCGGCAGAGUUAGGGCUUUGAAAGAUAUUUGCAUCGUAUUAGAGAAAUCUGAAGUAACAGAAUAGAAAGUCUACACGCCCAUCGUCUGUGUUUUGAAACAAAUAUAUUGCCCAUAGAAAAUUACAUGGAAAAAAAAUCAUUAUUACAUGUUUUUCUUUUCCCAAAUUGUUUUCUACUAGAAAGCCACCCAAGAAAACACCAUGAAAGAUACUGACAUCAAGAGACUUCUAUAUACCAAUCUUUUGUGCAUAUUUGCAAUUUUCCUAAGCAUUUUUAUUCCAUCGUUCUUCCUGGACAACUUCUCAAUAUUGGAAGCUCACUUGACCUGGCUGUGCACUUGCUCAGCUUUUGUGACUGCUGUCAACCUCCUGUUAUAUUUAGUAGUGAAACCGAAUGUAUCCGCUAAAAGAAGUUCAUUGUCACACAAGGUAACAAGAGUUUUGAAAUGCUGUGUCUACUUUCUUAUGUCUUGUUUUUUCCUUCAUAUCAUUUUUGUUCUAUAUGGAGCACCACUAAUAGAGUUGGUGCUGGAAACAUUUUUAUUUGCAGUUAUUUUGUCUACGUUUACUACAGUUCCUUGUUUAUGUCUGUUAGGACCAAACCUCAAAGCAUGGCUGAGGGUUUUCAGUAGAAAUGGAGUUACGUCCAUCUGGGAGAACAGUCUUCAGAUCACAACAGUCUCUAGUUUUAUAGGAGCAUGGCUUGGAGCAUUUCCUAUUCCACUGGAUUGGGAAAGACCAUGGCAGGUGUGGCCCAUCUCCUGUACACUCGGAGCAACCUUUGGCUACGUGGCUGGCCUGGCUGUCUCACCACUCUGGAUAUACUGGAAUAGAAAGCAACUUACAUACAAGAACAAUUAAGAGGAGAAAGGGGAGAGAAGUUAUUUCAUUGUGCAGA